AUGACCUCUUACCGUGCGUGGAGCGAGAAGGAGUGCUACACUUUUACUGACGAAAAACAUCAGCCCGUUCCUUCUCCUGAAAGAUCCGUUGUACCCCACAGCUCAGGACAUAGUUCUAAGGCUAAAAAAACAUUACUAUCGGUCACAAAUCGUAUCAGUCGAACGAAACGCACAGAAAAUGUCGAUAUAUUGGUAGACAUAAAUGCAUUGGUGAUAAGUAUACAGCUGCAUAGCGACUGUGACUACGGGAGACAAAUAAACGAUGCGACGCCAACGAGCGUAGAGCACAGUUCUGAGGGUUUGCACCAGGAGAGUCAAGAGACUCCAACUUCAGACCUUGGCGCCCUCCAGAAUUUGUCGCCCUGGGCCAUCGCCCCAUCAAGCGUCCUCUAA